AUGUUCAUGAAAGCCCUCGCCUCGAUCGCCCUCCUGGCUGCCCCCCUGCUCGUCAGCGCCUACGAGCCCGUCACUUGCCAAAAGAACGCCACCCAGAACAUCAUCACCUCCAUCACCUCCGCCGAUGACUUCUGUACCAUGCUCCCCGGAUACGGUGUCUACCCCGUCGCCCCCAACGAAGGUUGCGCCUCCGUCUACUGUUACGGCGCCGCCUCCAAGCUCGGACCCCCCAUGCCCAAGGGCUACAUCCUCUCUGCCAACUAUGCAGUUUCGCCCAACAACUCGUAUGUCCAGGUGACGGGAUGUAUCGAUUCAUCCGUUUGGGGUCAGAACCCCACUGAUGAGGGUGGUCAGAUGGAUUCCCAUGGGUGGCCUUACAGCUGUCAGGGAUGGAAGAAGUUUGUUUCGUUGAUCGAGCCUGCUUCCAACACUUACUGUAUUCGCUGCUGUGCCGAGGAUAACAACAUCGAUUGCAACACCAGCAUCUCGACACACGGCUGCUGGAACGUCGUCCCCGGUCUGUACCAGAUGGCCGACGGCUCCGUUUGCGCCCCUCCCGCAGGCUCUAACGUCACCGCAGUCCCCACAGUUGUCAGCCCCACCAUCGCCGCCCCCACCUCCGUCGCUGGCGGCGCCACUGUCCCCGUUGCCACCGGUACCGGUGCUGGCGCUGUCCCCACCGGCACUACUGGCACUGGUUCCAGCGGAAGCAGCAGCGGCAGCGGCAGCAGCAGCGGUUCCUCGACCACCAAGCCUUCAGUCAGCGCUGGUAACAGCACCAGCGGUGCUGCUCGUGGAUUGGUCGCUUCGAACGUUGAGGUCUUGGGUGCCCUUGCUGCUGUUGCCAUUGCCUUUACUGUUGGCUUGUAA